CCUCCCGGCGCCGCGGCGCGGGCUAAGGGGAGCGGGCCGCCCGCCGCCGCCCUCCCGCUCCCUCCUUCUCCGCCGGAGGAAGGCGACAACUCGUGAGCCAGCUCGGAUAUGCCGAACUGCUGGAAAAAACAGCCAGAGGCUUAUUUAGCGGGUGCAGAGCAUGGAGAAUGAUGAACUUCCGCCAGAGGAUGGGCUGGAUUGGUGUGGGGCUGUACUUGUUAGCAAGUGCUGCGGCUUUUUAUUACGUCUUUGAAAUCAAUGAGACUUACAACAAGCUAGCACUGGAGCACAUUCAGCAACACCCCAAGGAACCACAGGAAGGAACCACAUGGACACACUCCUUAAAAGUACGACUGCUAUCCUUGCCAUUUUGGCUGUGGACGAUAAUAUUUUUAAUACCAUAUUUACAGAUGUUCUUGUUCCUCUACUCCUGUACAAGAGCGGACCCCAAAACUGUUGGGUAUUGCAUCAUUCCUAUCUGCUUGGCUGUUAUUUGCAAUCGUCACCAAACAUUUGUGAAGGCCUCUAAUCAGAUCAGUAGAUUACAACUGAUUGACACUUAGCUCAACUUCUAGUGUCUGUUGCUGAUUUGAAGCAAUUGCAUAUGCUUGAUCUAAUCACAAGACUGAAGUUCUGAGUGAAGGCCAGAAGGAGCCUUUUCUUUCAAACUGAUAAGCAAUGAAGAGAGUAACUGUUUUCUAUUUAAAACAAACGAGUAACUACAAAGGUUUUUAAUUAUGGAUCUAUCAAGUGGCCAGAGUGGAGAGCCCUGUGUGACAUGUGAUGGAAGUAUUCCUCAUUUUGCCUUAAUGAUGCAAAAUUGCAACUCUCCAUCUGAAAUGUCCUGUGGGGAAAUGCGUUUGUGGUCCACAACUUUAUUCCUCUGUACAAAAAAGUGAUUUCCUAUGCUUUCCCUUGGAGUGAAAUCAAUGAGAUACUUCUUUUGUGGUAAAUGUAAAAGGAAAAAAGAAAUUAAGAAUGUGAUUAUAAAAGCUGCACUUAACACAAUUCUUUGCUUUUUUUUUUUUAAUUAUCUACAUCAGUGCUGUUUUUAAUGAAUUUUUGAAAAAUAAAUUUAGAUACAAAAUCAGGAAGCAAAGAAUAAAGUUUGUGCAAACCUUUAAAGGGAAAAAGUACAUUUUUUCCUGUGGUAGCCUACUUGUUUUCAGUCACACAACAGUCCCACACUGUAUUAGGCAGGCAGUGAGGAGUUGCAUAGGCCUGGAGCUUGGUGCUUUAAACUGUUCCUAUGACAUCAAAAGCAACCUAUGCUGGCAUUGGCCUGUAGUCUGCACAAAAAUUCUUCUGUGUUCCCUUCUCCUAUCAUCUUGCUUGAUAAAAUUACAAGUAACUGAAA